AUGAUUUUCCCAUUCUAUGUCCAACUUUUCUUAUUCACCUUUUUCGUUUCCUUUCGGCAAUCCCAGGGCCAAUGCAUCGUUGACGAACCCACCCUCAAGGCUAGCUCUUCGCAGAGCAGUAACCUACGCCACAGGUGCGGACGAAUGUUAUCCGAGUAUGGAAGUUAUUAUGAUGGAUCUGACUUAACAGAUGAGUCAUCCUUCAGACUUAGGAGUAGCGAAACUGAUAGCAGUAGUUCCGAUUUUAGUGAAGAAGAUGAUGGCCAUUUACAACGUUAUUUAACUUCUAGAGUACAUAGAGAAAGGGAAGACAAAUGGAAAAAGGAAUUUUCCGAUUUUGUAGGAUCCCUUGAUAGUGUGGAUUCUGUAGGUUCGAGAAGGAAGGUGUUAAAGAAGAUUCUGUCACAUCUUAAAAAACAAGACACAUUCGACUAUGAUUUUUUAAUGGGCUACAUAGAUACCCACUUAGAAGGAAAACAGAAAAAAGAUAUGAAAUUGUUGGUGGACGAGUUGAGGAAGUAUAAUGUGAAGUAUUUAGAGACAAAGUCUCGUUUCAGAAGUAACAUGAAAACUUUUCGAAAAAAGAUCAAGAAGAACAUUAUGCUUUUGAUUUUACUGGUUCCCUCCAUCACCACCUUAUUUGUGUUGUUAGGUAUGAUAAUGUCGAUGAUUAUCUGUGGUCCAGCUGCGCUAGCCAGCGCUCCUAUAGUUGCUUCUACCGUUGUUACUUCAAGUGCUGGUGCUGUGGUUGGAGUUAGUAGUGUUGCCGCUGCACCCGCUGCUUGUGGUGCCUUGGCGGAGGUGAUGAUACCCAUUUUUACCUGCUGUGAAAACAUGUGCAGAGUUGCAUAUUUUUCCUAUCCUUUAUUAUUGUUGUAA